CAGCUCCCCUACCUUCCACAGCUCCUCCUGGGUGGGGGUGGGGGGUCGCACUGUGCACAGACUUGUGCUCAAGAAUUAACUUGCAAGAGAAGAAAAAAUUCACUUGCAGGAGAAAGAAAAUAACAUUUGUUCUCGCCUCCUCCUCCUCCUCCUCCUGCUCUCGCAUGCGGGCAGCGACACUGGACACUUGAGCGAAGCUGACGUUAACCCGUUAGCAGCAAGACACGGGGAGCUGCCACGAAUAGAUCCAGUAUCCACGACCCCGGUCGGCCGACCGGGAUAGGACCUCGUGUUCCUCUGGCAGUGGACUCCUAUCUUUCUCCCCCCUCCUCCUCCUCUUCCUCCACCUCCUCCUUAUCUUUUACUCUCCGGGUUGGUUCUAACUCUUGCGUUUUGUGGCUGUUAAUUACAUGAAGUGGAAUUUGGUGCUUGCUACGAAGUGAAGACGGGACUAAACGUAGUGGGUUCAGAGAAGGAGAGAAAUGCCAACGGCGGUGACAAAGAGGAGAUUCAGUGUUAGUCUUUGAUCCUGUCAGAGUGGGACGUGUCUAGCAGGGGACUAAGGGGGGAGCAGUGCCAACUUGGAACAUGGUGCCUAAUAUUCACCUGGCAGUGCCCCUCCUGCUCAGAGGGGCGUUGCUGUUCCUGCUUCUACUCAGCUGCAUGGUGUUAUCCUCUCUGGCAGACAGCUUGCCAAGUUUUGUGAAAUCCCCAGAGGACCAGACGGGCAUCUCGGGCGGAGUUGCGUCGUUUGUGUGCCAGGCCGCCGGGGAGCCCAAACCCAGAAUCACCUGGAUGAAGAAAGGCAAGAAAGUCAGCUCUCAGCGCUUUGAGGUGAUUGAGUUUGAUGAUGGCUCGGGCUCCGUACUGCGGAUCCAGCCACUGCGCACACACAGAGACGAAGCCAUUUACGAGUGCACAGCCACCAACAGUGCAGGCGAGAUCAACACCAGUGCCAAGCUUACAGUGCUUGAAGAGAACCAGAUCCCCCAUGGCUUUCCCACAAUCGAUAUGGGUCCUCAGCUGAAGGUGGUUGAAAAGACCAGAACUGCCACCAUGCUGUGUGCUGCCAGCGGAAACCCGGACCCGGAGAUCUCCUGGUUCAAGGACAUGCUUCCUGUGGACAUCAGCAGCAGCAACGGGCGCAUUAAACAGCUUCGUUCAGGAGCUCUGCAAAUAGAGAACAGCGAGGAGUCCGACCAAGGGAAAUAUGAAUGUGUUGCCAUGAACAGUGCUGGGACCCGUUACUCCGCUCCUGCCAAUCUCUACGUACGAGUGCGAAGAGUCCCACCCAGAUUCUCUAUUCCACCCACCAACCAAGAGGUGAUGCCAGGUGGCAGCGUCAACCUGACGUGUGUGGCAGUGGGUUCGCCGAUGCCAUAUGUAAAGUGGACGACGGGCCAGGUGGAUCUGACCAAGGAAGAAGAAAUGCCAAUGGGACGCAACGUGCUGGAGGUCACUAACAUCCGUGAGUCAGCGAACUACACCUGCGUAGCCAUCUCCUCUCUGGGCAUGAUAGAAGCUACUGCUCAGGUCACUGUCAAAGCCUUGCCAAAGCCCCCCACCUCUCUUAUUGUGACUGAGACCACAGCCACCAGUGUGACUCUCACCUGGGCGUCUGGAAACCCAGAACCUGUUUCGUACUACAUGAUCCAGUACAAAGCCAAGUCCUCAGACAAUGGCUUCCAGGAAGUAGAAGGUGUGGCAACCACACGUUACAGCAUUGGUGGACUUAGCCCCUACUCUGAAUAUGAGUUUCGUGUCAUGGCUGUCAACAACAUUGGCCGCGGGCCACCCAGCGACCCUGUGGAGACGCGCACCGGUGAACAGGCACCCUCCUCGCCACCUCUGCACGUCCAAGCUCGCAUGCUGAGUGCCAGCACAAUGCUGGUCCAGUGGGAACCGCCCGAGGAACCCAACGGGCAAAUCAGGGGCUACCGGGUCUACUACAGCUCGGACCUGACGGCUCCGCUCAGCGCCUGGCAGAAACACAACACUGAUGACAGCAGUCUGACUACCAUCUCAGGCCUGACUCCUGAUAUCACCUACAGCCUCAGGGUGCUGGGCUUCACCUCUGUCGGUGACGGGCCACCUUCUGACAUCCUGCAAGUCAAAACCCAGCAGGGAGUCCCUGCCCAGCCGUCCAGCUUUGAGGCUGAAGCUGAGUUGGACAGCCGCAUCAUGCUGACAUGGCUGUGGCCCGUACAGGACCCCAUCACUAAGUAUGAGUUGCAGUACUGGGAGGCUGGCUCAGACAACAAGAUACAUGUUACCUUCAACCCAGCGGGCUCCUAUGGUGUGGAGGGUCUAAAGCCUGACACGUUGUACCGUUUCUCCCUGGCAGCCCGUUCUGAGAUGGGUUUAGGCGUCUACACCCAGCCCAUCGAGGCCCGCACUGCCCAAUCCACCCCAUCUGCCCCCCCUCAGGAGGUACAUCUGGUCAGCCUGAGCUCCACCAGCCUCAAGGUGAGUUGGGUGGCACCGCCCGCCGCUAGCCGCCACGGCGCCAUUGUGCGCUACACAGUCAGCUACCAGGCGCUGGCUGGAGAGGACACAGAGCGGCAUGAGGUGACGGGCAUCGGCGAAGACGCCACUAGCUAUGUGCUAGAUGGCCUGGAGAAGUGGACUGAGUAUCAGGUGUGGGUGAGGGCGCAUACUGACGUGGGCCCAGGCCCUGAGAGUUCCCCAGUGAGGAUGAGAACCAAAGAGGAUGUGCCAGGAGCACCCCCCAGGAAGCUGGAGGUUGAGGCCAUAAACUCCACAGCAAUCCGGGUCACCUGGAAGCCUCCCCUGCAGGGAAAGCAGCACGGCCAAAUCCGUGGCUACCAAGUCAUCUUCUCUCGGCUUGAAAACGGCGAACCGCGGGGCCAGCCUAACAUCAUGGAUGUUGCUUUGCCAGAGGCGCAGUGGAAUAUUGAGGAGUCCACCGAGCAUGAGGCCAUCAUUGGUGGACUGCAUUCUGAAACCACCUACUCUGUCACUGUGGCAGCGUACACCACGAAGGGAGACGGAGCUCGUAGCAAAGCUAAAGUCAUCACCACAACUGGAGCAGUGCCGGGAAAGCCCACCAUGAUGAUCAGCACUACUAUGGGCAACACUGCGCUCAUUCAGUGGCAGCCUCCUAAGGAAAUGGUGGGUGAGCUGAUGGGCUACCAGCUGCAGUACAAGCGCACUGAUGAAGAAACCUUCACCUCACGCGAGCUGAGAAAGACUGACGACCAUUACACUGCCACUGGGCUGCACAAAGGCGCCACCUACGUCUUCCGCCUGAGCGCCCGUAACCGCGCUGGCAUCGGUGAGGCCUACGUAAAGGAGAUCAGCACCCCUGAAGAUGUACCCUCAGGCUUCCCAUUCAACCUGCAAGUCACGGGACUGACCCAGUCCAGCACCCAGCUGACCUGGGAUCCCCCGCUGGUGGCCGAAAGGAACGGCAAGAUCAUAUCCUACAUGGUUGUGUACAGGGACAUCAACAGUCAGCAGAACAGCACAAACCGCACGGCCGACACGCACAUGACUAUCCAGGGCCUUAAUCCUGACACCACCUACGACAUCCGGGUGCAGGCGUUCACCAAUAAGGGCGGAGGACCCCUCAGCCCCAGCAUUCAGAGCAGGACUAUGUCAAAUGAUUUUCCCACCCUAAACUUUGGUGUCAAAGCUGUCAUGAAAACAUCUGUCCUCCUCACCUGGGAUUUGCCACCAAACUACAAAUCCCAAGUGCCUUUCAAGAUCUUGUACAACCAGCAAAGCGUGGAAGUGCAGGGAAACCUGAAGAGGAGGCUGAUCACACAGCUGCAGCCAGACACAGACUACUCUUUUGUGCUGACAAGCAGGGGCAACAUUGCUGGAGGUCUGCAGCAGCAGGUGUCCAUCCGCACUGCCCCCGACCUGAUCAAGACCAAGCCAAGCACACAUCAGGCUCAGGGAGGCAAGAUGACCAUCAACCUGCCUAAGGUCCAGACCACCACACGUGUCAGGUGGUACUACAUCGUGGUGGUGCCGGUGUCCCAGUCAACACGGCGGUGGAAGAAUCCAGACGAGAUGGACCUGGACGAGCUACUCAGGUCAAGUGAAGGCCCUGUUCUGAGGCGCAAACGUCACCUGGAUUCCUCCAAGCCUUACAUUGCGGCCAAGUUGGCCUCGCUGCCGACCACCUUCACCGUGGGCGAUGAGAAGAGGUACAACGGCUUCUACAACAAACCCCUGACCAGUCCGCAGGAGUAUCUCUGCUUUGUCCUGGCCGUACUCCGAUACGAAGGGACAGACAGCACUGCUAAUUAUAUGACAUUUUCAGCCAGUCCCUACUCAGACCCAAUCCAGGUCACAACAAGUAUGGCUCAGGGGAUGGAGCAACCUGAAAUGUUGUGGGUUAUGGGCCCAGUGUUGGCUGUGGUUCUCAUCAUCAGCAUUGUCAUCGCCAUCCUGCUCUUCAAGAAGAAUGAGGGAGCACCCGCCCAUUCCUGUCGUUGACCUGGCUGACCACAUAGAGCGACUGAAGGCCAACGACGGCCUACGCUUUUCCCAGGAGUAUGAGUCCAUUGAUCCAGGCCAGCAGUUUACCUGGGAGAACUCCAACAUGGAAGUCAACAAGCCAAAGAAUCGCUAUGCAAACGUCAUUGCUUAUGACCACUCCAGAGUGGUGCUCACCUCUGUUGAUGCCGUUCCAGGCAGUGACUACAUCAAUGCCAAUUACAUCGACGGCUACAGGAAGCAGAAUGCCUACAUUGCCACACAAGGGCCACUGCCAGAGACACUGAGUGACUUCUGGAGGAUGGUGUGGGAGCAAAGAUCCACCACCAUCGUCAUGAUGACCAGACUAGAGGAGAAGUCACGGGUGAAGUGUGACCAGUACUGGCCAUCGCGAGGAACAGAGACCUACGGGAUGAUCCAGGUCACCAUGCUCGACACUGUGGAGUUGGCCACUUACAGCGUUCGUACAUUCGCCCUCUACAAGAAUGGCUCCAGUGAGAAGAGAGAGGUGAGACAGUUCCAAUUUAUGGCCUGGCCAGACCACGGGGUGCCAGAGUACCCCACCCCUAUUCUGGCCUUCCUACGGCGGGUAAAGGCCUGUAAUCCUCCAGAUGCUGGGCCCAUGGUGGUCCACUGCAGUGCGGGCGUGGGCAGGACUGGCUGCUUUAUCGUGAUCGAUGCCAUGCUGGAGCGCAUGAAGCACGAGAAGUCUGUAGACAUCUACGGCCACGUAACGUGCAUGCGUGCCCAGAGGAACUACAUGGUCCAGACCGAGGACCAGUACAUCUUCAUCCAUGAAGCCCUGCUGGAGGCCGCCACCUGCGGCAACACUGAGGUGCCAGCACGCAACCUGUAUGCCCACAUCCAGAAACUCACCCAGCCCCCGCCUGGCGAGACGGUUACUGCCAUGGAGUUGGAGUUCAAGAGACUGGCCAACUCCAAAGCCCACACAUCACGCUUCAUCAGCGCCAACUUGCCCUGCAACAAGUUCAAGAACCGCCUGGUCAACAUCAUGCCUUUCGAGUCCACCCGCGUCUGCUUGCAGCCCAUCCGUGGCGUCGAGGGCUCUGACUACAUCAAUGCCAGCUGCAUUGACGGCUACAGACAGCAGAAGGCCUACCUGGCUACACAGGGCCCGCUGGCAGAGACCACCGAGGACUUCUGGAGGAUGCUGUGGGAGCACAACUCCACCAUCGUCGUCAUGCUCACCAAGCUACGAGAGAUGGGACGGGAGAAGUGCCAUCAGUACUGGCCAGCAGAGCGUUCAGCCAGGUACCAGUACUUCGUGGUGGAUCCAAUGGCUGAGUACAACAUGCCCCAAUACAUCCUCAGAGAGUUCAAAGUCACAGAUGCCAGGGACGGCCAGUCCAGAACAAUCCGCCAAUUCCAGUUCACUGACUGGCCCGAGCAAGGAGUGCCAAAAACUGGAGAAGGCUUUAUUGAUUUCAUUGGACAAGUGCACAAAACCAAGGAACAGUUCGGACAGGAUGGACCAAUCACUGUACACUGCAGUGCUGGGGUGGGCAGGACCGGAGUCUUCAUCACCCUCAGCAUCGUGCUGGAGAGGAUGAGGUACGAAGGAGUAGUCGACCUCUUCCAGACAGUGAAGACACUUCGCACCCAGCGGCCUGCCAUGGUGCAGACCGAGGACCAGUACCAGUUGUGCUACAGGGCAGCAUUGGAGUACCUGGGGAGCUUUGACCACUAUGCAACAUAACCACUCCCACCGAGCAACCUCCCUGGUCAAACCUCUCAGGAGUGUGCCAAGUGUCCCAUCUCAGCCACCAUCCACUCACUUGACCCCCUUAAAAAUCCAACCCCUCGCAGCUACCGUAGGGGAGGAGAAAGGGAAGCGCUUGCAGACCCGGCAACGGGUUCAACCAAUCACAGAGAUCCACGCCGACCUAACCAACCACAUGAGAUUUUGCUUUAAAGAUAAUAACAGAAACAUUACAAUGACUAUGACAAAUGCGACAACUCUUGUACAGAUGCGACAGCGCAGACCGGCAGAUCGCCUCUCUGCUCUGUCGAAGCCAAACCUCCCUGAUUGUCAAAGGCUACUGGUAGCACUAAGAGAGCAUUCUCUCUGUUUUUAUGUUAAUUUUAUUGUCAAUAUUAUGAUUCAUUAUGUCACAUGUUAUUGUUUAGUGUAUUUGUUGUUUUUAUUAAUCAUUUUAACAUCAGACAUUUCUUCUGUCUUAAACUGCCCAGCCUGGGGCGUGCAUUAUUUUCAUAAUCUGUACUUUUUUUUUAUUUUUUAUUUUUAUUUAGGGUACUUUAGCACAAGGGACAUGUAUUUUUAACACGUUCCUAGAUACUAAUACAAGAGGACCACUGUUCUCUGAGCUGCUGUCAGAUUUUUUUUUUUUCAUUUUCGUUUUAUUCAUAUUAUGUGUCAUAAACAUGUUUUUUGGUCUUGUUCAGUUCAAUAACUCAAAAAAUUGCCUUUUCACUUGCCGUUUUCGAUAAAAAAAAAAAACAAAUCUUUGAGAAAAUUGAUUUCAGAGCACACACUUGAUAAAGUUUGUCCUUCUGUAAACAUAGUAGCUAGUUAUAAAACAAAAAGUGAAUUAGCUAACUAAGAGACUAAAUCAGAGGUGUACAGGAAUGGAAAGCACAUGAUUUCUACGUUUUUUGUUUGGUUUUGUCUUUCAUCAGAAGCCUAUGGCAUUGAGGCCUUCAUACUCCACAGCGGAGAACUUACCUGAGGAAAACAGACUUUUAUACCCAAAGGGUAGUUGACAGAAAAUAAACUCCCCGAUCUCUGAAUAUUGUUGCUCUUCAAGUCCCUCCCAUCUCCUAACUGCCCAUUAGCCCGGUCGGUUCGCUGGAGUUGAACCACACAGACCGAAAGGAGCGGAAGUGGUUCAUAUGGGCUGAGGAGUAGAGCCAUGAACGCUGGCACCUGUACAGAAUCAACCAUUCCUACCAGAGGGAAAGAGACUCAGCCCUUUGGACUGAAACCUGAUAUUAUUUUAUACAGAAAUAGAACUAUAAAUAUAUAUAUAAUUAUGAUUGAUUAUAUAUAUGUACAAUUACACAUAGAUAUAUACACAGCUUCAAAGGUAUAUUGUUAAAAAGGAUUAAUUCUGCUGAUCUACCAACCCUAGAGACUGCAGAGAGCCUGCUGUCCUAGAGUGUGUAUUAAUGGAAACACCGUUGUAUCUACUGUACUACCAUAGUAACUUUGACAGCUGGUUGUCCGUCUGAAUGAGGAAAAAAACAGCACAAACCCCCCCACCCCAACCCCACCCAUCAAUAUGGACGACUCCUCACUCAGCACGGGCCAUCGCACCACUCAAGCACACAUCUCCUCCCACACAAGCCGCAGGAGGGGAAUGUCUGAUCCGAGAGGCCUAAAUGUUGUGGUGGUGGUGGCGGAGGCGGCAGCGGCGGUGGGAGGGAGGGGGGACUUGAAAAUGCUGGCGAAAAACUAAAAAUGUUCAUUUUUACCUUGUGAAUGCUUAGUGCUGUAGGGGUUCGAUCUGUUGUACACACAGUCUGUUUUCUAUUUGUUGAUAAAGAACUGGAAUUUAAAAAGAAACUGUUGAUGAAAAAGAAAAAACAUUGAUGUUAAUAAAGUUAAAUAAUUGGGUUUUUGUACAAAUCCUGGCUUGUGG